CUCAAGCAAUCACUGAAACAAAACUAAAAACAAGAAAAUGAGUUCUUCCAUACCCGUUAAUGUUAAUGAAUUAAACCAUCAAAAUUUAGAAGAAAAUGAUGAUCAACUCUGCAUUUUAGCAUGCCAAAUAGCAGCUUGUUCAGGACUUCCGAUGGCUUUAAAAGCUGCAUUAGAUCUUGAUUUACUCGAAAUCGUAGCUAAAGCGGAUCCAAAUGCAUAUAUCUCACCACUAGAGAUUUCAUCCCAGUUAGGUACUCAAAAUCCCAAUGCACCUUCCAUGUUAGAUAGGCUUUUGCGAUUGUUAACAAGCUUUUCUAUUCUCAAAUGCUCACAAAUCACUACCCAAGAUGGCAAGAUUCAACGACUCUAUGGGUUGGCACCUGUUUGCAAGUAUUUUACUAGGGAUCCAGAAAACGGUGUCUCCAUUGCUCCUUUAGCUGUGAUGAAUACAGAUAGGGUCUUCAUGGAUAGUUGGUACCACUUUAAAGAUGCUGUAAUGGAAGGUGGAAUUCCUUUUAAUAGAGCUCAUGGGAUGAGUGCAUUUGAAUAUCCUGGGGCAGAUCUUCGAUUCAAUCAAGUUUUUAAUAAAGCUAUGUCAGAUCACACUACCUUGACUAUGGCAAAAGUAUUUGAAAAAUACAAAGGAUUUGAAGGUAUUGAAGUUUUUGUUGAUGUUGGUGGUGGUGUUGGAGUCACAACUAAAAUGAUUACUGCCAAGUAUCCUCAACUUAAGGGUAUCAAUUUAGACUUGCCUCAUGUAUUAGCAGAUGCACCAACAUAUCCCGGAGUGGAGAAUGUUGGAGGAGACAUGUUUGUCAGUGUUCCAAGAGGGGAUGCCAUUUUCAUGAAGUGGAUUCUUCACGAUUGGAGUGAUGAGUACUGCUUGAAACUCUUAAAGAACUGUUAUGAAGCUAUACCAGACUGCGGAAAAGUGAUCAUUGUUGAAGGGAAUCUUCCCGCAGUCAUUGAUGAUAGUGUUACCUCAAAACUUUUGUUUGAACAAGAUAUGGUCAUGUUAACUCAGAACCCUGGAGGUAAAGAAAGGACAUUUUCAGAAUUUGAAGCCCUGGCAAAGCAAUCUGGAUUUGCUAGCUGUAAGACUCUGUGUUCUGUUUACUACAGUUACGUCAUGGAGUUCCAUAAAACAGCAAAGAAUUAGCAUUUUAUUUUUGCUAGGAAUUAGUGUUCCUAAGAGUAUUUUAUUGGUUUCUUUGCAAGUUUGGCUUAAAAUAUGAUGGAUGAAACUCUGUAUCUUCCGGAUCCUAUGGGCAUGAAU